AUGCCUUCCUUGGUUCGAAGCAAUCUUGCUCGUCACUAUUUCAAAGUUUUUCUUAGACCAUUGGCACUUAACCGUGGUCUUGCCACUGUUACUGAUCAUACAGUUUCGCAAUUCGGUCCUCCGUCCGCGCCAUACGCAAAUGUAUCCUCAAAGCCGUUACCGGCUACAUUGAAACUCAAAACUGGCCAAACAUUCCAAGGAACCUCUUUUGGUGCUCCUACCUCGGUGUCUGGCGAAGCAGUCUUUACUACUUCGGUGGUUGGUUAUCCCGAGUCAAUGACAGACCCUUCCUAUAGGGGCCAAAUUUUAACAUUCACACAACCUUUAAUUGGAAAUUACGGAGUCCCAGGCCUUUUUAAGGAUAAAUUUGGCCUAAUGGAGUACUUCGAAUCCGAUCGGAUUCAAGUCGAAGGUAUUAUUGUGAAUGACUAUGCAACCAAAUAUUCUCACUGGACUGCUGUCGAAUCUCUUGGUGAAUGGUGUGCUCGCCACGGUGUGCCUGCAAUUUCUGGAGUGGAUACAAGAGCAAUCGUGCAUAUUUUGCGAGACCAAGGCUCCACCCUUGCCAGAUUAGAUGUAGGCGAGGAAGCCUCUAACCUUGACACCGCCAAUGCAGAAUAUGAAGAUCCAAAUUUGAGAAAUCUCGUUGCUGAGGUCUCCACAAAAGUUCCCGUUUCUUAUAAUCCAUUCGGUGAUAUAAAAAUCGCCAUCAUUGAUUGUGGUGUUAAGCAAAAUAUAUUGCGUUCGCUUGUCAGGCGUGGCGCGAGCGUGACAGUGCUUCCAUGGGACUUUGAUUUCACCAAAGUGGCAGAUCAGUUUGACGGCCUUUUCAUUUCCAAUGGACCGGGCAAUCCAAAGAAGGUCACAAGCACUGUAAAUAUUUUACGACAGACGCUUGAAAUUUAUCAGAAACCAAUAUUUGGAAUUUGCAUGGGAAACCUAUUGCUUGGAAUGGCAGCCGGUCUUGACGUGUACAAACUUAGAUUUGGCAAUCGAGGUCACAAUGUUCCCGCAGUCAAUAUGACUAAUGGCAUGUGUGCCAUAACAUCACAAAAUCAUGGCUAUGCUCUGAAAGAUGAUAUUAUGCCAACUGGAUGGAAAAAAUAUUUCGUUAAUGCGAAUGAUGGAUCAAACGAAGGCAUUCAACAUAUCAGCAGGCCCGUCCGAUCCGUUCAAUUUCACCCGGAAGCAAAAGGAGGACCUCAAGAUACGGAUUAUCUUUUUGAUGAGUUCCUCGCCCAAGUUCGUGCAGAAAAGAGCAAACAAAGUGGAAUCAAAAUUCACUUUCCAGAGUCUUUGCAAAGACAACAAGCUACUGUUCGAGUCUAA